CGGAGGUUUUCCGUCCGGGACAAAAUGUCAGCUAGGCGCCUGGAGGGGGAUCUACCAUCCCCGACUCCCGACCAGCCGCCGGCUCCGGCAGCGUUUCGCGGGUAAUGGGCACUGCUGAUGGUUCUUCGGAACUCAGGAAUCGUGUUGCAUGCAUUGUUUCUACCCGUGGAACCUGAGAUGGUUGGAAACCCUGAGGCAAUGACAGGGACCCCAGAGUCCUUGGGAAAUGACCCACUGUCUAAUUUAAAGCGUGCGGGCGCCGCAGAAUGAGGAGUGGCGAGCCGGCCUGCACCAUGGACGAGGCCCGCGGGCUAGACGACGCGGCGGCACGGGGCGGUCAGUGUCCGGGACUGGAGCCGGCGCCGAUGCCUCCCGGCCGCCUGGGGGCGCCAUACUCCGAGGCCUGGGGCUACUUCCACCUGGCCCCGGGGCGCCCCGGGCAUCCGUCGGGCCACUGGGCCACCUGCCGUCUGUGCGGGGAGCAGGUGGGCCGCGGCCCGGGCUUCCACGCAGGGACCUCGGCGCUGUGGAGGCACCUGAAGAGCGCGCACCGGCGGGAGCUGGAGAGCAGCGGCGCCCGGCGCUCACCACCUGCCGCGCCCUGCCCGCCGCCGCCCGUCCCCGCUGCGGCCCCCGAGGGCGACUGGGCGCGCCUGCUGGAACAGAUGGGCGCACUGGCCGUGCGCGGCAGCCGGCGGGAGCGGGAGCUGGAGCGGCGUGAGGCGGCCGUGGAGCAGGGUGAGCGCGCCCUGGAGCGGAGGCGGAGGGCGCUGCAGGAGGAAGAGCGCGCCGCGGCCCAGGCGCGCCGGGAGCUGCAGGCCGAGCGGGAGGCGCUGCAGGCGCGGCUGCGGGAAGUGAGCCGCCGUGAGGGCGCCUUGGGCUGGGCUCCCACUGCGCUGCCGCUCAAGGACGACCCCGAGGGGGACAGGGACAGCUGCGUCAUCACAAAGGUCCUCCUGUAGGGGUGUGGCCACUUCCCCACCCCAGGCCAGCGCUUCUCUGACCAACGCCUUCAGCCCCCGCUGGCACCGAAGCCAGGCCCGAAGCAGCCGCUACUCACUUGGAAGCUCCAGCUAACUGUAGGGCCUUCCGCGCCCGAAGGCUUCAGCUUGAGAAGCACUUCGAAGCCAGAGCAGAACCAAAACUCACUUCCAUGGGGUCACCUGGGGUGCCUGGGCGGCCUUUCGUGGGCAUGCAUGCAAGGGAUGGGGUGGCACACGGAACACCCGAGAGCUGCAACAGCCCCGUGAACCCAGACCCCCUGGUGCCAUGACCACUUAGGGCUGGGAACCCGAACCUGGUGACUUUGAAAGGAUAGAGCGCUUCAUUCCAUACCAAAGACUUAUCACGCCAUGUGCCUCCAACAGCCCAAGGUGGAGGGUGCGGGGAAAUGAGAAAGCUUUUUACCCAAAAAAAGAGUUCUAAUGCAUAAUCUGCCCAACACCAAGUUCUGAAGGGUCGGAGGGAUGUCCCCUCCAGUUUCCGUGACUGCUGUAGACCCGCAUCAUCUCUAGCCCUCAUCGGGGCAGUCCCAAAGAGCCCCCUUUUUUACUCCCCGUAUUAUUCAACCAAUACCAGGUGCACUCUGUCUCCCCUCGGCCAUCUUUCCCUUGGUUCAGACCUAACGACAAGUGUGGCACAUAUGUCCACUUUCAGGCCUCACAUCUGCCACCUUAGCAAGACAUCACCUCAUCCCCUUGUCACUAGGAAGAGGGUUUCUUCCCCACGUAUCGUCAUAGUCCUCACCUCUGGGCUGAAGGGGAAAGCAUCCCUUCGCAUAAGGCCACAUCUUCCUGUCAUUUUCCAUCCCAUUCCUCGCCCAUGUUUACUGGGUCUUUCCUCCUGUAGUAUUCCCUUUCGCUGUCUCAGUCCCUCCCUUUCCCCCAGGAUCUUCCUCAUCAAUACUCAGUCUCCCUUUCUUACUGAAAAGAAAGACUUAACCCAGAAGGGCCAACAAGUCCUUGCUGCCUAUACUUCCUCCCCAGUUUUUACUCCUUCACUCUGGUUCAGUUUUCUGUGCUACAGUGGACUAUUUCCAAGCCGCCACAAUCUCUCAGUGACCAAAUAUGAUCUAUUUGCAGCCUCUAUUUUGCUUAAUCUCUCCCUUCUUGAAAUUGCUCUCUUGGUAGGUGGAUCGUGUUUUUCCUCCAAAGAAUUCCUUUUCCUGUUGUAUACUGGUUCCCAGAUUUUUCACAGGCCUCUUUUAUUUCCCUCUUUUUUUAUAUUGAAAAAUUCCACACAUCCAGAAAAAGUUGAAAGGCUAGCACAAUGAAUACUCAGAUACGUACUCUCCACUUGGAUUGAAUAGUUAACAUUUUGCCAGAUUUACUGUUCUCCCCACCCCAUGCAUGUGUACAUAAAAUGACAUUUCACCCCUGAGUAUUUCCACAUAGAUUUCCUGAGAACAAAGACAUUGUUCUACGUGAUUACAAUAAGAUUAUCAUGCUUAAAAAUAUAAACAGUAACUUCUUUAUAACCUCUAAUAUAGAGCCCUUAAUCAGUAUUCAACAAUUGUCUCCAGAAUGUUUGUCUUUUAAAAAAAAAAAACAAAAACAAAAACAAAAAAAAACCCAGGUCCCAUCAAAGUUCAUACAUUCUUUUGGUUUCAACUCUAGUCACUUUUAGUCUAGAACAAUCCCGACAUAUUUUCCCAUGACACUUUGUUAAGCAACCAGGCCAGCUGUCUUAGCAAAUGUCCUUUAUUCUGGAAGUGUCUGAUUGCUUCCUUAGGCCUGUAUCUAAUACUCCACUCGUGGCUCAUCUCCCUGCAGAAUUGUAAUCUCCUCUGGGCCAGGGACUCCUGAAUAUCUCCAGGCCGGGUGUUCUCCCCGGGCCUGAUCCUUCAUGCCCAAUCCCUUCCUGCAUGUCUCCACUCCUCCUUGCACAUCCUGCCUCUGUGAGUGGAAGAGGCGAAUCUAUUCAACCCCACAUCACACCUCUCACCUGAUGACUAACAUUUACUGGGCACUAACAAUGUAUCAGGCACAUACGACACACUUAACAUGCAUUAAUUAUCUCACUUUACUCUCACACCAGCUCCAUGGUAACAUUGUGCUGAGCUAGAAGGGUUAAGUAGCCUAUAGAAGAUCACAGCUGGCCGGCAGUAGAGGUGGGAUCCCACUGCAGACAGUCUCCCUCACAGAUGCCAUGCUCCCACCGUACCACCAUGUACUGCUUCCUGAGAUCUCUGCUUCCCUCAGUCGACCCAGCUGACACCUGUUUCCUUCCUAACUCCAACUAAUUAAUUCCAGUUAAUGGAAUUGACUGGAAUUAGUGACAUUAAUAUUUACUGAGCAUUCACCAUGUGUUGUCAGAGCUGUGCUAAAUGCUUUACAAGAAUAAUUACCUGCCAUGAAGCAACCCUAUGACAUAGGUGCUACUAUGCCCAUUUUGUAGAUGAGACAGGUUCAGGGGAGUUACUAACAGCUUCAAGUCAUACAGCAGCUAAGAGUCUGUAUGGGGUUUGAACUGCGGUCUCACUGAAUGCUGGGCGCCUGCUCUGCUAAGUCUAUUUCUACAAAAUAUUGCACUGCCUUCCUGCCAAGCAUAGGGCCCAUUUAUCAUGCAUAUUCCCAUCCUUGUCUCCCCCAACUGUCCCUUACCUGAGUCACAAUUUGGCCAAAGCCAAAGGGAUUGUCCUAAGCCAGUAUUGAUUUAUUAUCCACUCUUCCUGCUCAAAAGUCCCCAAGAUCACCUAUCAAUCACCUACUUAUUAGAGUGCAAGCUUUGACUGUCACCUGACAUUCAAGUCCCCUUCUGCCCCCGUGCCAGUCCUCUCCCUUCCCCUACAUAUGCCCUAUGCUCCAGCCAAAUUGGACUCUGUUCAUCCUGAUAAGACCUGGUAUUGGCAUCUUUAUGCCACAGUUUGCCUUCCCUCCACUUUAAAAAGCCUCUUCAGUCUCUCGGUACAAAAAACAUCCCACCCAUUUUCUAAAACCAUGCUUUCCUUGAUUUUUCCUCACAUCUAGACAUUUCUUUCUUCUCUGGUCUCCUAGCAUUCUGUCUCACAACCCUCAGGACAGGCCAGCCAGUGUAUGGCUAUGGGUUUUUAUCUCACCUCCCCUGCCAGACCCUGAGCCUUUGGGGGGGAGUAGACUCACCCCACUCCCACAGUGCCUUGCAUUCCAUAGCUGCUCAGUACAUUAACCCAUUCAAUGUCUUUAAGAUUUUUACUAGUUUUCCUGUAAUUACUAAUAUAAUCAUUUAUCUUUAAUUCUGAGUAAAAUUCACAACAAAUAAAGGAAAUAGCAGUAAUAAUUUUUAAGCUGUUUAGUCAAUAAAGAUUUAAUGCAUCA